AUGCAUAAAAUUCUUUUUUGGAAUUCUAGAGGUGCUGGAAGUGAGAAGUUUAGGUCUGAUAUUAUUGAUCUUGUUAAACUACAUUCUAUUGACAUUUUAGCUCUUUGUGAGCCUCGUGUUCAGUUUUCUAAAGCUAAGGAUACUUUGUUAUCUCUUGGCUUUACUGAUUAUAAAAUUGUUGAAGCUAAUGGUUUUUCUGGUGGCAUUUGGUUAUUUUGGAGUUCUAAUCAGGUGAAACUCGACAUUAUUGAUAUGAAUUGUCAGUCAAUCACAGCUAAAAUCUCUCAACCAAAUGGUACUGCUUGGAUGCUUACUGCUCUUUAUGCUAGCCCUACCAAUUCAGUAAGAAGUAAUCUGUGGAAGUAUUUGGAACGUCUAGCCUUCACUCAUCAUCUUCCUUGGAUUUUCAUGGGAGACUUUAAUGAGCUCUAUUCUUGUGUUGACAAGAACUUUGGUACUAUAUCUGGUAGAAUUGGAGGUCUGAAGCAUUGGGUUGAUAGCAACUUUCUUAUUGAUAUGGGGUUUCUUGGCUCUUGCGACACUUGGUCUAACAACAGAAUUAAAGAGAGAUUGGAUAGAGCUUUCUGUACUUGCGAUUGGAGAACUCAUUUUCCUGAGGCUUUCAUCAGACAUCUUCCUAAAAUGAAAUCAGAUCACUGUCCCAUUCUGCUACAAUUACAUUCUAAUAAUUAUGUUAAUAGAAGGGUCACUCCUUUCAGAUUUCAAGCGAUGUGGUUAACUCACUGUGACUUUUCUACCUUUGUUGCUGACUCUUGGAAAUCCUAUAGUGGAGACUUUGUUAAAAAAACCACUGACCUCUCCCAUGAUUUGCAGCAGUGGAACAUCAAUAUAUUUGGCAACAUUUUUAAAAGGAAAAAGCAUCUUCUUGCCCGCAUUGGUGGCAUUCAGAAAGCUACUGACAGGUAUAGUAAUCCUUUUCUCAUCAAUCUUGAGAGUGAACUUAUUAGAGAGUAUGAAACUUUAAGGGAUCAAGAAAACUUGUUUUGGAAACAAAAGUCUAGAGAUAAGUGGUUGUAA